AUGCCAAGUGAUAAUAGUAAUAAUAAUAAUAAUAGUAAUAAUGAAAGAUUAUUUUGGAAAAUGUUUCAUAAUUUAUAUAUUAGAAAUAAAAUAUUUUAUUUUAUAAAGAGAGGAACUGUAAUAUUUAAAAAUGAAUCAAACCAAUAUCUUGGUAAUAGAAUUUCAUUUAGAUUUAUGAAUGAAUUAAGUAAAUUAGUAAAGAAAAAUCAAUGGAGUUUAUUAAAAAUGAAAUUAGAAUCAGAAUUUGAGCAAUUAAUAUUUAGUCCAAAAGGAGUUCAAUUAUUCAUUCAACAAUGUCAAGAUAUUUAUUUAUUUCAAUUACUAUUUAGAAAACAACAUGAAAUAAAUCAACCUUAUCAAUACACAAUACUUAAACAUUUAGAUAAUCAAUUAUUGACAAAUUCAAUUUACAAUUGUAUUGCAUUAGAAUUUUUUUUAUCAUUUUUUAAACAACAACAACAACAACAACAACAACAACAACAACAACAACAACAACAACAACAACAACAACAACAACAACAACAACAACAACAGCAAAAUAAUAAAUCUGCAAAAGAACCAAUUACAGGUGGUAUUAAUUUUUGGACAAUUGAUAAAAUUAUUAAUUAUUAUAUUAAAUUUGCAAAAAAUGAAUAUGAAAUUCAAUUAUUAGAUAAAUAUAUUAAAUUAUUAAAUAAUAAUUUUAAAUCUAUAUCAAAUUGUUUAAUUAGUUUAGCAAUAUAUCAAUCAAAUAAUCUCACACUCUCUUAUUUAAUUAAAAAUAAUAUUAAAACAUUUUCAAAAGAAUCAAAAAUAAAAAUACAUGAAAUGGUUUUAAAAUAUUUAAUUUCACAACCUAAUAAUCAAACUGAACAUGAAAUUAUUAAUAAUAUUAAUUUAAUUAAAAUUUAUUAUUAUAAUAAUAAAGAAUCAAUAAUUUUAAAAAAAUUUAAUAAUAAUAAUAAUAAUAACAAUAAUAAUAAUAAUAAUAAUAAUAAUAAUAAUAAUAAUUCAUUUAUGUUAAAUAUUUUAAAAACUUGUGCUGAAAAUGAAAAUUUUAAAGCUAUAGAAUUAUUUAUUAAAGAGUUUAAAGUAUUACCAAAUAUUAAAUGUUUAAUUAAAGCUAUUGAAUCAGAAAAUAUUGAAAUGGUGAAAUUAUUUUUAGAAACAGAAUAUAAUAGUAGAUUAAUAGGUGACCAUUUUAGUAUGUAUGUGAAAGUUUUUGAUGCAAUUAGAUUGAAUGUUGAUCAAUUAUGGAUGAAGUGUAAAAUGAUUGAAUUAAUAUUGGAGUCUGAAAUAUUAGUGAAAUCAAGUAUGGUGAAUACUUAUUCUAACGGGUCAAAGAAUUAUGAAAAUCGUCAUUGUGGUUUAAUGGGGUUCAGAUUUUUCAUGGAUUUAGUUGACGAGAAUUUACAAUUAACUUUAAUAAAUACAGAAAUAACCGAUAGUAAAAAUAGUUUUAAAUAUGUUUCAUAUCAUCCUGAAAAAGAGUUAUCAAUUUAUAUAAAAGAUAAUAUUUUAAAUAAUUUAUAUAAACAACCAUUAUAUAAUGAAGCUUUUAAAUUAUAUUUAUUAACUAAUUAUAAAGAUGGUUUAAAUUCAAAUUAUCCUGAAAUUAGAACUUUAUUUUUAAAUGAAAUUUUAGAAAAUGAAUCAGAUUUUAAAUUAAUAAAAAAUAAAUUAGAAGAGUUAAUAAUUUAUAAUAAAUAUAAAAACAAUAAUAAUAAUAAUAAUAAUAAUAAUAAUAAUAAUAAUAAUAAUAAUAAUAAUAAUAAUAAUAAUAAUAAUAAUAAUAAUAAUAAUAAUAAUAAUAAUAAUAAUAAUAAUAAUAAUAAUAAUAAUAAUAGUAAUGAAAUUUUAAAAGAAUUUGCAGAUUUAAUAUUUAAUUUAUAUAAUAUUAGUGAAAAAGUUACAAAUAAUAUUAAUAGAUUUUUAAGAGAAAGUUAUGAUCAAUUAAAAUGGUUUAUUUUUAUAGAUGGUGGUAGUUUUCGUAUACCAAUUUUACCAAUAAAAAAUCAAUUAGGUUAUGAUGAAGCAGAAGAAUAUAUUGGAGUAAACUAUUAUUCCCAUUUUUCAAUUGAUGAUAAAUUAAAUUUUAUAAAUUUAUAUAAAUUAAAAUUAUUAUCAAAUAAAAAUAAUAAUAAUGAUAAUGAUAAUGAUAAUAAUAAUAAUAAUAAUAAUAAUAAUAAUAAUAAUAAUGGUGUUGUUCAAUUUGAUCAAUUAAUGAAAUUACUUUAUCCAUUUUAUGGUAUUAAAAAUUUAAAACAAUUAUCAUCAAUUUUGAAAUUAAUAAAUGAAUGUAAUGGUUCAUAUUAUUCAAAAUCAUUGGUUCUUAAUAGUUAUUUAAAAGAGAGUUCAAUUGUUGAUUUCAAUUUAGAAAUAUUUGAUAUAAUUAAAGAAGAAAGUGAAUCAAAUAAACCUUCCAGUGAAUAUUAUUCUUCAAUAUUUUUUAAACCAAUUCAUUUUAAAAAUAAUUAUAUAAACUCAAUCGAUUAUCAACAAAAACAACAACAAUUAAAAAAGAAGAUUAAAUCAUCACAAAUGAAUCAAUCAAAUGAAAGUUUUAAAUCGUUUUUAUCAAUUCUUUAUGAUAUGGCAACGUAUACUUUUAAUAUGUUUGAAUCAACACAAAGAAGUCAAUCCGAUGAAAGAAUUCCUUCAAUUAUUUAUUGUGUUCCAGAGUGUUGUUUUUAUGGAAAUAGCAGUUUUCAAAUUGGCCAAAUCCAAUUAAAUAUAUUGUUUUGUUUUUGUUAUGAUAAAUUGAAAUUAAAAGAAUACAUUUCAUUAAAUAAAGAAAUAUAUAAACCAAUACUCACUCAAUAUAUUAGAAAUAUUAUCUCCAUAAAAGAUGCCAAUAGUGGUUGUGUUUAUUGUAAAAAUCAUACCAUAUUAAAAUUUAUUUUAUUAAAUUACCAAGAUUUUAAACAAGAUUUAAAUUUAUUUCAAUUAUUAGAAAAAUUUAUUGAACUUAAAUUUCCAAUUAAAUUAAUUCAAAUUUUAUUAAAUUUAAUUAAUUCCGAAAAAGAAAAAGAAAAACAAAUUAACUUUAAUAACUCUACGACCAGUGGUUUGGGUUUAUUUUCAUUAAAAUCAGUAUCAAUGGUUUUAGUUAAUGAACCAAAUGAAUAUUAUAUAAAAUUAUUAAAAUUAUUAUUAGAAAAUUAUUCAAUCUUUUAUUGGAAUGAUUUUUUAAUAUCACCAUUAUCAUUUUCAUCAUUUUUUAAAAAUAAUAAUAAUAAUAAUAAUAAUAAUAAUAAUAAUAAUAAUAAUAAUAAUAAUAAUAAUAAUAAUAAUAAUAAUAAUAAUAAUAAUAAUAAUAAUAAUAAUAAUAAUAAUAAUAAUGAUAAUAAUAAUAAAAUUGAAAGAUGUAAUUUUCAUUCAACACAAGAUAUUACAUUUUUAUGUAAAACUUGUAAUUCAGUUCCAUGUUGUAAUAUUUGUGUUACAAGUGAAAAAUAUCAUAGAGGUCAUAGCCUUGAUUUAAUUAAUCAUCAAACUUUAUGUGAUAGCGAUGAAGAUAUUUUAAAAAUUUUUAAGAAUUAUAAUUCAAAUAAUUUGUUUAAAAAGAGUAAUCCAAACUAUAAUGACUCCUUCAGUGGUAAAAUCGAAAUGAAUAAUAACAUCAGCAGCAUUAUCAACUUCAGCAGCAUCAGCAGUAGCAGCAGCAUCAACAACAAACAGUUUAGUUUAUUUGAUAAUGAUAAAGUUGAAAAUAAUAGAAAUAGUAGUAUUUCAAAAAGAAAUAAAAAUAUAAAGAAAUCAUCAUCAUCAACACCAACAAAACAACUAAUAUUCAAUUUUGAUAAAAUUACAAUCUCACCAUUUAAUAAUAUAAAUAAUAGUAACAAUAACGAAAACAACAACGACAGCGACAGCGACAAUGACUACGACAACUACGACAACUACGACAACAACAACAACAACAACAACAACAACAACAAAGAUAACGAUAAUAAUAUAUCAAUUAUUUCACCAAUAUAUAUAAAUGAAUUAAUUAAAAAGGGAGAAGUUUAUAAAGCUAUAGAAUUAUUAUCAACAAGAUCAAAUAUUGAAUUUUUUUUAGAUAAAUGGACAGCAAGAAUAUUGGUUAAAUAUUAUGAUUUAGAAGUUAUUGAAAAAUUAGCUCCAUACUUUGAAUACUCAUUUUUUAUUGAGGAAGAAAAAGAAGAGGGUGAAGAAGAUAGUGAAGAUAGUGAAUUUGAAUCUUUAAAAAAUAUUAGACCAGAUGCCUAUGAAUUUUUAAAAUCAUAUAAACAAAACUAA